UCAGAAACAUAGAAAUGUCAAGGAACUUGAACUUGGACAACAAGAUAUCCAUGUUCCUUUGUGAUGACUUCACAAAUAGACAUUGGAAAUCGAAACAAUCCAUAGUUGUUUUUAAGAAAGAAAAUUCAAACCAAAUUAGGUGUCAUUUAUCAAGCCUUAUUGAUUAGGGGAGGUUGAAACUGUCCAUGAGCUGAAGGAAGCCCGGUUUCUUAUGUAUUUAAGGAACUCUGGUUUGCUCUAUUCACUAACCCAACAUAGUGGCAACACUCUGAUUUGAUCAUAAACACUACAGCCCCCAUCAAUUUCAUUCGAAAUUCCCUCGGAAUGGCUCAAAAGAGCAAGAUUUUGAUAAUCGGAGCCACCGGAUACAUCGGGAAAUUCCUAGUGAAGGCAAGCGUGAAAGAUGGACACUCAACUUUUGCAUUCGUCAGAGAAAGCACAGCUUCGAGUCCUGAUAAGUCCGAAAUCAUUGAGAGCUUCAAGAGCUCUGGAGUGACACUCCUUUAUGGAGACAUCUAUAAUCAUGAGAGCUUGGUGAAGGCAAUCAAGCAAGUUGAUGCCGUGAUCUCUGCAGUUGGGUUUCAACAACUGGGUGAUCAGACGAAGAUUAUUGCUGCCAUCAAAGAAGCUGGAAAUAUCAAGAGAUUCCUCCCAUCGGAGUUUGGAACGGAUGUAGAUCGUUUCCAUGCAGUGGAGCCAGCUGCAAGCCUUUUUGCUGUUAAGGCGAGUAUCCGGAGAUCAAUCGAGGCCGCAGGAAUUCCAUAUACCUACAUCGUGUCCAAUGGUUUUGCUGAGUCCUUCUUGAGAAAACUUGGACAGGCAGGUGCUACAGCUCCUCCAAGAGACAAAGUUUUAGUACUUGGCGAUGGAAAUAUCAAAGAAAAAAGCAAGAUUUUGGUAGUUGGAGCGACCGGAGGCUUCGGAAAAUACAUAGUGGAGGCAAGCAUGAAAGGUGGACACUCAACUUUUGCAUUGGUCAGAGAGGGCACAGCUUCUAGUUCUGAAAAGCUCAAAGUCCUUGAGGUCUUCAAGAGCUCGGGAGUGACACUUCUCUAUGGAGACAUCUAUCAUCAUGCGAGCUUGGUGAAGGCAAUCAAGCAAGUCGAUAUAGUGAUCUCUGCAGUUGGGAAACAACAGCUAGCUGAUCAAGUGAAGAUAAUUGCUGCCAUCAAAGAAGCUGGGAAUAUCAAGAGAUUCCUCCCAUCUGAGUUUGGAAAGGAUGUGGAUCGUGUCCUUGCAGUUGAGCCAGCUGCAAGCCUUUACAAGUCCAAGGCUAACAUCCGGAGAUCAAUUGAGGCUGAAGGAGUUCCAUAUACCUACAUAGUAUCCAAUGGCUUUGCUGGGUAUUUUUUGCCUAACUUUGGACAGAAAGGUGCCACAGUUCCUCCUAGAGACAAAGUAGUAAUAACUGGAGACGGAAAUCCCAAAGCAAUUUUUGUCAAGGAAGAAGAUAUUGCUACUUACACUAUAAAAGCAGUGGAUGAUCCGAGAACCUUGAACAAGAUCCUCUACAUGAGACCCCCUGCCAAUAUUUUGUCCUUCAAUGAGAUUGUCUCCCUGUGGGAGAAGAAGAUCGGCAAGACCCUGGAGAAGAUUCAUGUUCUGGAGGAUCAACUUCUUGAGAAAAUCAAGGAAUCUCCCAUCCCCUUGAACUUAAUUCUAUCCCUCAGUCACGCAGCGUUUGUGAAAGGAGAUGCUACAAACUUUGAGAUUGAGGCAUCUUUUGGUGUUGAGGCUUCUGAGCUUUAUCCAGAGGUGAAAUACACUACUGUGGAUGAAUACCUCGAUCAGUUUGUCUGAAAUACAACCCUCAGCGAAGACUCCAUGGUCGGUGUGGCAUUUGCUACUUGUCAUUGUGUCUUUUUUUUAUUUGGCAUAAUUCGAAUUUUACAAGCAAUUUUAAUAAUACGAAGUUCUAUGAUAAGAUAGGAAUACCAUAUAAAUCAUUCAUUAACUGGAAUUAUAAUUUUCACUUUAAUUGCAAGCUCUAGAUAUGGAAUUAUAAUUUUCAUUUUAA